GUAAUAAAAAGGAAAAGAUAUAAAUAAAACAGCAGAGAGGAGAGAGCAGACUUUUCUUCAACAUAAAGGCUGAAGCUCUCUCUCUCUCUCUUUUUCUUUUGGCUUUGGAUGUGGGGUCCAUCGCCAUCAAAACAUAACCCCAACUGUCACGUAUUCUCUUCUAACUGGAGACUACUUCUUCUACUACUGUCGAUCUCUUCCCUUGUCUUUGGCCAACCACAUUGUAAUCUUAAGCAUUUUUUCUCCAUUCGCUUUCUUUCCCAUUCUCUCUCUCCCUCUACUCUUCUUUUCUCCACUUUUUCUUUCCCCAGUCUAUAAUGCCUGCCCAUUUCAGUUUUCUUCAUAAAAAAUCAAGGGUCGGUGCCAGAUAAAGCAUUUUCUGCUCUGCUUCUUUUCUCUUUCGUUGUCAAAAAGAUGCCACCACCUAGAAAAAGUCCUUGUUUCCUCUCUUAUUAGCACUAUUUCUUAUAUCUCAGAUUUCGCUGAGUUUUUAUUCUGUUUUCUCUUUUUAUUUCUUUAAGCUUUUUCCAUUUGUUUUUCUAUUGGUUGGAGCUUGGAACUAGCUUCUGAGAUUGCAGUAGAAUUUCCGAAAAAAGAAAAAUCUGUCUUCGCUGUUUUCCAUCAGAAUUUGACAGGGAACUCAUAUGGGUGUUUAUACGAUGCUUGGAUUGGUUGCUAUCAAUGGUUGUUUCAACUAGUUGGGGAUAUGGCAUUCAAGGAGAGAAAAUGUGCAAAAGCAAGCAUUCAGUUUUUUCAGGACUUCAAUUCUGUUAUACAGGAAUAGUAUAAUUCUGGUUUUCUUUUUCCUGUCUUUGUGUGAAUGUGAGAAUCCAGUUCAGGCCAUGCAAAGGCACAGCUUUGAGGAGUGUCAAGCCUUUGAUCGCUUCCUAAGUUGAUUACUUUGCAUGCUCUUUGUUGAUUGAAGAGUUGGGAAAAAGAAUUCUUUGAGGUGUCAUCAAUCUGUAAUCUUCAAAUGCAAUUGAUCUUUUCGUUGAAGUGAAGAUCCAAGAAAAAAAAAGCAAAAAAAUAAAAAUUCUCUGAGUCCUUUGGCGAGGAAUUUGAGGCGCUGGUUAAGGCUUGUGGAGGCAAAAAGACAGCUUCGAUACCUUGCCAUCCAAAGAAAGCUUUGGCUAUUGACCUUGUGGUUUACGCUGCUUGGGAAACUUGAGUUGUUGAAACUGGAAUAUUGUUAUUCUACUUUUUUAUGCUAACAUGUCCAGUUACAUUUGACUGCUGCUCUCUCCUAGUUCUUGGUGGUAUCGAAUUUUAAGAACCCUGUUUUUCAGGUACACAUUUUAUGCAUUUCUUCCUCAUCUCUCAUCAAAUCAAUCACCUUUAUAGCUUUGCUCUUUUUAUUAUUUUUAUUUUUAUUAUUGUUUUAGUAUAAAGGGGAUGAGGUAUUUGACAGUUCACGUAAAGCAAAUCAGAUUAGGCAAAAAAAGAAGAAGAUAAGCGGUUAUGUGACGAUUUAGGUGCUGCAUGAGAGAGACAGAAGCCAUAUCUGUAUCUCAAAGGCUUAAGGAAAGGAUUUAACAGUAUUUUAGGAAUGUUAAGAACUGAUGAAUUUAGAAGCUGAUCUGUUAAAGCGAAUUUCUUGUUUUGCAUAAUCAUCAGUGUCAAGUGUCUCCUCCGAAUUCUCAUGACCGUGUGAAAUUUGGGCUGAUCUGAUUGUGGGGUGAGUCUGUUCCCAGUUCCUUGCAUAAUGAGACAGUCAUGAUUCUUUUACCACUUAGCUUGUAUUCUUGUGUGAAAGAUUCAGUUAAAAGAGAUUGUCAUUGGAAGUAUUUUGAAGAGCUGAGGCUAACAAUUCAAGAGUGACUUUUUGUUUAUUGUGAGUGUCUACCUGUUUUGCCUAUGGUUCAUCUGUUUGAAUGAUCAGUUUUCUGCAACACCAUGGACUCUUACAUAGCCUAUUUGCAUUUCUGUUAUCCACAUAUCAAUGUCUGUUCUUUUUCUUCACAUCAGCUCUUAGCAACUCUAUGAUGAAGAUUUUCAAGUGACCUUUCAACAAAAAACUUUCAGUUGUCAAAGCAUUAUAAUCCCAAAUAAAACCACAUUUAUCAUGGCCAAAACAUCAAAUAGGCGCCCUGUGCGAUAUGAAAAGGAACAGUUGGGCUGUAUGUGGGGCUUGAUUAGUAUGUUUGAUUUCCGCCAUGGUCGAUCAACUCAGAGAUUGCUUUCUGAUAGAAGGCGCAGUUACAGAAAUGCGGUUGGUGUGGGAAACUCCGUAAAAAAACGUGACAUGUUGACUAGUUCUGGAGACAAUUGUCCAGAGACUCUUGAUGCUGAAGAGAAAACAAAAGCAACUGAUGCAUGUAAGCCAAGUGUGAAGAAACUCCUAGAAGAAGAAAUGUCCGGAGAGCAGGUUGCAAAGAAAGAGGUAAAUAAUACUGAAAUUGAAGCAAAACGGUGUGAUUCAGGGCAAGAAGACAACAGAAGGAAGAACCGGAAAAGAAAAAACAAAACUCGUAAGAAAAGUCGUGAUAACAGUCUUGAUAUGGAUGUUGCUGAGAACUUGGUAUCAGAAGGAUCUUGCCUGCAUAAAUCAGAGCAACAAACUACAAGCAAUCUCAAUAUAGACAACCUAAUGGAAGAGUUUUGUCAGCAAAUCCAUCAGAAAAGAAUCAAUUGUGAGAAUCAUGGCCAGCCUGCUGAAGGUCAUAUGCAGCCAAACCAGAGGAGUUCUGGUUUUGAAGAAAGAUUGACUGAGGCAAUCAAGUUCUUAGUGAGUCAGAAGCUGAUUAACGGGAAUCAACUUACAGAAGAUGGGGAACUCCAAGCCUCAAAAGAAGUCAUGGAUGCACUUCAAAUUUUGAGUUUAGAUGAGGAAUUGUUUUUGAAACUUCUACGGGAUCCAAACUCAUUGUUGGUGAAAUAUGUGCAUGACUUGCCAGAUGCUCAAUUAAAGGAGGAGGAAGAGUCUACACCUCUUGCUGGAUCCAACUUUUCAGAGCAGGAGCUUGUUGAUUCAAGACAAUCCAGUGAGCCUGUUAAUAGAAAACAGCGUAACUUCUUUAGAAGAAAGCUCAAGUCUCACGAAAGGGACCUAUCAGAUGGAAAUAAGGUUUCUCAAGCUUCAAAUAAAAUUGUAAUUUUGAAGCCUGGGCCAACAUGCUUGCAAACUCCUGAAACUGGAAGCAGCCUUGGCUCAUCACCAGAACCUCAGUACAUCAUCAGACACAGGGAGCCUAACGAGAAAGUUGGUUCCCACUUUUUUCUUGCUGAAAUAAAAAGAAAGUUGAAACAUGCUAUGGGAAGGGAGCAACAUAGAAUCCCCACUGAUUGUAUUUCUAAAAGAUUUCCUGGUGAGCGACAAAAUUCAGGGGAUAGUGGAGGAGUUAAGGAAUAUAUUGGGAUGAAUUCUCCAACUAAAGACCACUUCUUUAUUGAAAGAAUGGCCAGACCUUCCAUUGGUGUCAAAAAAGGAGAAAAAACAAGCAAGCUAAAAGGCUCUGAACUAGGUACAGAUUAUGAGACUACUGAUUUUUCCAAGCAAAGGGUUUCGAACAUCUAUAUUGAGGCGAAGAAACAUCUCUCUGAGAUGCUAACAAAUGGGGAUGAGAAUGUGGAUCUUUCAAGCAGACAGGUUCCAAAAACUUUAGGCAGGAUUCUUUCUCUUCCUGAGUAUAACUCAUCACCUGUUGGCAGCCCUGGGAGGAACUCGGAGCCUAAUUUCAUAACUGCACAGAUGAGAUUUGCUGGCUCUGAAAAUUUUGAGGAGGUGAAUGUAAACAAUCAACAGAACCAUGUCAGCCAUCUAAGUCAAGUAGCAGAGAGCCAGCUUUGCAUUUCGGAUAACAAGACCAAUAAUGAAGUCCAUGGUGAUAAUGCCAUUUUAAACAACCUUGACACUUGUGUGAAUGAUGACAAAGAGGACCAAACAUUUUGUGCUAUUAAAGAUGAAAUGAGUUCUGAAGGUUCUGUGAGUUAUGUUAAAGCACCUGAACUGAUGGUUCAGGAAGAAAGCAAGGUCUUGGACACUUUUUCUGAGACAAGUGACUCUUCAAUUACUAGGGAUGACAAAAAUGUAGAUGUACGUGAAGUUUGUGAUGAAAAACAAAAUCAUCAAUGCUUGAAACAGGAUUCAUCUGAAGAGGACCAACAGCCAUUUUCUCCAUUAGCAUCUCCAUCAAACUCUUCAGUUACCAAAAAGGUUGAGUGUCCAGAGAGUGUUACUGAUAUACAGGAGCGGCCAAGUCCUGUAUCUGUUCUUGAGCCACUAUUUGCAGAGGAUGUUAUCAGCCCUGCAAGCAUCAGAUCUCAUUCUGCUGAAACAUCCAUGCAACCACUAAGAAUUCGAUUCGAAGAACAUGGCUCUUUAGGCACAAAUCACAGCAAUCAUAUUAAAACUUGCAUGGAUGAUAAAGAAUCAAUAUUUGAGCACAUAAAGACAGUGCUGCAAGCCUCUAGUUUCAACUGGGAUGAACUCUACAUCAGGUCACUUUCUUCAGACCAGCUUCUGGACCCGUUGUUGCUUGAUGAGGUAGAGUACUCGCCCAACCAGCUUUGUCAUGACCAAAAACUGCUCUUUGAUUGCAUUAAUGAAGUUAUCAUGGAGGUUUGUGGGUACUACUUUGGUUCCCCGGGUGUGUCAUUUGUCAAACCCAACAUCCGUCCUAUCCCAAACAUGAAAAAUACUAUUCAAGAGGUCUGGCAAGGAGUUUAUUGGCAUUUGCUCCCAAUGCCACUGCCUCGUACUUUGGACCAGAUAGUCAGAAAAGACAUGUCUAAGACAGGGACAUGGAUGGACCUUGGACUUGACACUAACUGUAUUGGUGUUGAGAUGGGUGAAGCCAUUCUUGAAGAUUUAGUGGAAGACACCGUAACCAGCUACAUAAAUGAAAGUCUGGAAUGUGAAUAUCAUGUGCUUCCAGCUUAGCCGAAGGACCACGAGAGUGACAUCAACUUGUAAAGGGCAACUGACUCUGUUUUGUUCAUACUUCAUACCAAUAAUGUACCUCACGUUGGGUCAAGGUGGGAGAAAAGCAAGCUAAUUAAGUCUUCUGAAUCAGAAGGAUAGGCAGUGACAUCCCACCAAGCAAGAGGGGCAUCAUUUAACUCUCCUUGAAAGGUGUUUUUUGCAUGAUGCAAUGGCUUUUUCUAACCUUGCCAUUGAAAUCAUGUAGAUACAUAAAAAUCUUCCCACAUCUAUUAACCAUUAACCAGGAGACCUUACAAGCAGCAACCAUGAAGUGAUUCCUAUUUCAUGUGCAGAGAUCCUUUGCAAAUGCUCCUCACAAGAAUUAACAACAAACACCUGAUUUCAGAGGCCUGUCUUGGUUCAUUUUAAUCAAUGACUAUACUGUUACAUCUGGAUCAGUGCAUUUCUUCCGGUGACAAGUGAUAAAAAUGUUCUUUCUCAUUGUAGAAUUUGUAGAGUUUGGUGUGUAUUGGUCGUGUGUGGAUGGUGUGCUUUUCAUUUUGAUUGAUUUCAUUCAUUCUUGAGUUUGGUACUUAAGUGGUUUUCUUCACUGUUGUAUCUGUGCGCUUCUGUAUUUAGAGUUGAGAGUGCUUAUGAGUGGAGUUAUGACUACUUUGAUAAUGGCGGUAGGAUUUCAUACGUCUGAUGUUAGCACCUAUACAAGCUAUGCUUGUUGAAAAUAAUAAAUAACACUGAACAUCUUGUAAGAAUGCAAUUAUGA